GCACAGAGCCCCCUCGCCUCCGUUGAGGUCUACCACGUGGAUGAGGGCAAGUGGGAGAAGAAGGCAGCGCUGGCUCAGCCCUCCAUGGGCAUCUCAGCUGUGCAGAGAGAUGGGGCUGUCUAUGCACUGGGGGGAAUGGGCGCAGACACCUCUCCCCAGGCACUGGUCCGUGUCUAUGAGCCAGCGAAGGACCACGCAGCCCCUGCCCCCUGGCAGCCCCUGCCUUCCAUGCCCCCCCCCUGCUAUGGGGCCUCUGCCUUCCUGCAGGGCAACAAGAUCUUCGUCCUGGGUAGGUGCUGCUGGGGUGAGCCCCUUUGCCCCUGCCCUCUCCCUCUGCUGCCUCCAGGCUAGGGAAUGACCUGGUGCACCCCAGGCCGCCGCGCCUUCGCCGCCUGCGCCAUGGCCGACGGCGUCGUCUUCAGCCUGGGGGGGCUGCAGCAGCCAGGGCCACACAACUUCUAUUCCCGACCACACUUCGUCAACACCGUGGAGAUAUUUGAUCCCGCGCAGGGUGCAUGGAGAAAGCCGAGCCGCACCAUUCGGAUGAGGGAGAAGAGAGCUGACUUCGUGGCUGGCUGUCUGGGAGGAAGAGUGGUGGCCAUGGGUGGCCUUGGGAACCAGUCCUGCCCGCUGGACUCAGUGGAAGGGUUCAGCCUCUCACAGAAGAAGUGGGAGCCGCUGCCCCCCAUGCCCACAGGCCGCUGCUCCUGCUCCAGCUGCCCAGCACCCAGCCUGCUCUUCGUCAUCGUCGGGGUGGCCCAGGGCCCCAGCAGCGCCGUCGAGGCUCUGUGCCUGCGUGAAGUGCCCUGAGUGGGGUCCCAGGGAAAGCCCCAGCCAAGCACCAAGUGCCUGAAGACGGGGACAGGGUGUCUGAGCACCCAUGCAUGUGGGUGACCUUGGCUCCAGGGAGCUGCCAUCCGGUGACUCCGGGUGCCAGAGCAGCUGUGGGUUUGGAAACCUGUCUCAGCUCCUGUGGCACUGUGGUGAUGGAGCCUAGGGCGAGCUGCCUGGUGGGAGGGCCGUGGCCAGCAGUGAAGAGGACGCAGUGG